GUGUAAUAACCCGUGGUCGAGUAGUGCUUUAUCACACUACUUAGAUCUACAGUGUGCGGUUUUAGACGGUUCCGCGGAUCUCACCUCUGAUUGGUCGAAGCUGUGCUACGUGGACAUAAAGCAGAAACAGGUAGCCAGCUGCACGCGCGUGUGACCGUUAUCACUUCGUAGCUUUAGGAUAAACUGGCGCUGUGUGUAUGUAUGUGUGUCUGUGGAGUUCAGCUCAGAGGGGAAAAAAAAAAAACACUUAAAUGAGGGUCCUCACUUAUGAGUGAGGUCUCUUCAUUAACUGCGUGUCUUUGGCUGUCAGGGAGUUUUACAGCAGUUGUGUAAAAUUCAGUUUCACGGGCCUGCACGGUCGUGUGGGUGAUAUAAAAAUGAAGUCUAAAGGAAAGGGCUCGAAAAGGAGUCAGCACUCCUGGACUGAGCAGGAGCAUGCUGACCUACAGCUGGAUGUAGAGCCUGGUUCCAGCGAACAGGAGGGGUCUGAGGCUUCUCUUCCGAUUGGGUCAUCAUGGCGGGCGUCAGGCAGAACAAGGACAGGCACACGCCGUCGCCGAUGCCAACACAGCAGCGCUAAGGAGCGCAACGUGCGCAGGCUGGAGAGCAACGAGAGAGAACGGCAAAGGAUGCACAAACUGAACAAUGCUUUUCAGGCUCUGCGGGAGGCCAUUCCGCACGUCCGAAUGGACAAAAAGCUCUCUAAGAUUGAGACUCUGACACUGGCCAAGAACUACAUUAAAGCCUUGACUACUAUAAUCCUGGGCAUGUCUGGUGGCUGUCUGCCCCACAUGGAUACUCAGCAGCAUCUGGAGGAUGAAGGCCACACUGACCUGUCCCAGUACCUGGAGCACAUCCGGAGCUUCAGCCAGAGCAGCUAACAGCCACUGCAUCAUUCAGACCACUGCAAAGUAUUGAUAAGACUGUACAGUUUACUGUAAAUAACACACAGUGAUGCCAAUGAGGAACUCCUAAACUCUGAGACUGGCUUACAGAGGAUAUUAAAGUCUAAUAUUGGUUUGAAGGAUUAUUUUAUAAGGGUUAAAUAGUCUUCAAUCCCAUUGUGCCAUAAUGAGGCAAAUAUUU